AUGGCUCAGUUGGUUUCCAUGAUCCAUGACACUCAAGAGCAUCCUGAUAUUACCGACGCGAGGAAGAGGCGGAGUGUCAGCCAGAAUCAAGUCCUGGCGUUUUUAGCAGAUUCCAUGAUUGCAAAGGGCACUAUGCCAGGGUCCCCGCCGCCAAGAGACUACAGAAUUCCAAAGCAACCAGUUCUAGAUCCCGGGCAUCGGUCAGGGCACCGCGCAAACAAUACCUAUAACCACAUCCCGCAUCGAUACGGAGACAUGGAGGUAUCGCCACCGUCAUCAGGGCCAACAACACCGCCCUCGUCCGAGCCACCAACACCGAGCUCAACCAGCUCCCAAAUGAUAUCACCCCGGAGAAAAGACCCAUAUCAGUCCAGCUCCUCACGACUCCAUACCGAAUAUCCAGAAACUUUAUCGAGAGAAGAAGCUUGUUCCAUCCCUGCGAAUCUGCCUCCUCCGCCCAAAAGAAUUCCCUCAGCAGCACGACCAUCACGGAAGGACAACAUAUCUAGCAUACAAAACGACCCAUCUUCUCAAAUAGACGUGAAAUCCAGCGUUUCACGGCAAGUGGAAGACAAGCGAAAGACAGUGGCAGUGAAAGAGAAACGCGAGACAACAGCAUCCAGCUCAAAGUCCACCCCAACAAAGCUCAGGUUACAAUUCGAACUGGAAUCACCACACACCCAAAUCCUCACUUCCCGCCACCGCGCCAACAAGCCUGUCUAUGGCCACAUUAGUAACCAGACUGAGAAAUACCUCCAGAAUGCACACCUCCACUCAGAUAGAAAGAUCAACACCAUCUCGGUGGACCUGGCAGAACAACUGGGGUGGCGACCAGACAGCAGUCAGAAGAGAAAACCGCUGUAUACCGCGUAUGGAGAGGAUGCAACGGUAGACGUGGUAGGCGCAGUUGAGUUUGCAAUUGUAAUUCCCGGAAGGGUGGAACUUCGGAAGGAGUUUGAUUUUCAAGUGUGCGAAAGGGGUCGUGGAGUUGUUUUACCUGAUUUUGGGGGUGGAAGUUCAAGAGUGGUUGAUGCGCUGGGGUGA